UCAACAAGAUGAUUUCCAAAACAGUGAUAAAAAUCUGUAUAAUUCCCACGCGGACAGAUUGGAAAUGCGACGACAGUAUGUGUUGUUGUGGACAAAUUGCAGUGGUCGCAUAAAGGUAUAAUCUGGCGCCAGGAUUCAUAGGCAGUCAGCGUAAAUCGUAAUAAUGGGUGCUAAGUCUAGCGUCAGUGCGUCCACUAGCCAAAGCAGAGAGAUAAGUUUUUCAGAGUCUCACUCAAACAGCGGUGCCAAUGGCAAUGGUUUAGUGGUGGCGGGUGCCAGUGGUGGAGGCGUCGACAGUUACUCCAGUUCCAGCUCGAGUCCAUUAGACGUGAGUGCAAACAGUUUAGCAGUGGGUUCUUCAGUGCAUCAACGAUCGAACAGUGCUUCUGAACCAGGCGAGAGGACGCCUCUACGAACAUUCUGUGUGCGACCUCGUGCCCACACACAUUACCCAAGAGUGCAUCAUAGAAGCCAUCAUGCUGCAAGCCUUGGGUUGUUCUCGGCUGUUCAGGGUGCUGCUUACCGUGCGGGUCUAGUUGACUCCGAUAGUAGUCCCGAUGAGGACGAGGCGUCUGGACUCAACAGGUUUUUUCAAACGCACGGUCACGGCAUGUCACAGUCCUUGCCCGUGCACCUGUUUUCACUAACUGAUUUAAAGUGUCCAGUUUGCAACAAGAUGAUGCCGUCGGACGACAUAGAGUGUCAUCUUGUCAUGUGCCUCACAAAACCUAGGAUCAACUACAAUGUUGAUUCACUACAGUUAGAUAGUGGAGAAUGUGUCAUAUGCUUGGAUGAUCUAACCUCUGGACAGACGAUAGCUAGGUUACCCUGCCUCUGUAUAUAUCAUAAACACUGCAUCGACGAGUGGUUUCAAGUGAAUCGGUCGUGUCCCGAGCAUCCGUCCGACUAGUACAUAUAUACAGCAAGAUGCCUCCUUCACCCUCCCGCACAACUCCCACACCAGUUUGUUACGAUGAAGACUGGGUUGUCCAAGGUUGAGAGCUGCACCAUCCGCGUGGAUUUCAAAGCGUUUUACGAACUGGAAACUUCUGAAAUGGACGAAUUUUAAUGGUAUAAACGUUGUGAAUUUCAAUUAAUAUAUUUUGAUUAUUUGGUGCCAUAUACAGGUUAAUAAUAACAUCUCGUAAUCUGCACGUGAGUCUUGUUGGAACUAAUAUGUUUAUUGUUCUAGGAGCUCUCACCUAGCUGAAACACAAUUUCUUAGUGACAAAUGCCAAACACCAAAUGCUGUAUGUUGAUAUUGAUUGAAGUUACAUCUUAUGAAAACGAGACCAUGUUAAAGUGACAUUUUUAAAUUGUCAUUUGACUUUCCUUGUCAAUAAAAUAAAUGCUAAAGUAAUUUGGCAUUUCCCUCAAUGUA